AUGCAUUCGUCAAAUAAAUCAACAAGUGACAAGCAGAAAAAUAAAAAUACAAAAGAUAAAGGUCCUGCUAGAUUGACGCGCGCAAAUGGUGCAAAGGAAACGAAAGACAUUUCGAUAGAACAUAACGCCGAGAUAAACGCUAAUGCUUGUCUAGAAAAAAAUACCAAACAAUGUAAAACCGAAAGAAUUUCAUCCAUCAAUGAUGCAGCAAUGAUUUGCAAGUUUUGUAAUAAAAAGUUUUCUUCACGGAAAAGCCAUUGGGCUCAUGUACGCACGCAUACGGGAGAGAAAUCGUAUACGUGCCAUAUUUGUGGUAAGCAAUUUAUCCAGGGCGGUAGUCUAUAUUAUCAUCUGAAGCACGUGCAUGAUGGCGUGAAGAACCACACUUGCGACAUGUGCGGUCGGAGUUUUGCUAUGAAGACAGCCAUGGAGGAUCAUCGGCGCAUCCAUACCGGUGAACGCCCAUACGUAUGUCACACCUGUGGCAAGACAUUUAAGACUAAAGCAUCCCUUUAUAUACAUAGUAAGAUUCAUACAGAUGAAUUCCCACAUAAGUGCAUCUAUUGCGCCAAGAGAUUUCGCUGGAAACAGCAGAUGCUGGGUCACUUGACGGUGCACACGGGUGAAAAAAAUCAUACGUGCGAAAUAUGCGGCAAGGGUUUCGGCGUGAAGAACGACUUGACUAGGCAUAAGCGUAUCCACUCCGAGGAAAAGCCAUAUACGUGUCAGCAAUGCGGCAUCAGCUUUGGUCAGAAACGUUAUCUCAAAAGUCACGAACGUUUAAGAUUAGGAAUGUGCGGGUAUUCGCAAGAAUAA